AUGCAUAAGUCCUUAAUUACUGUGUUGAGAUCCUACUGUUCGGUAUCGUUUACCAUGAAACCCUUGAUUGACGGUAUAAUUAGAGUGGGAUCGGAUUUGGGUUUUAUUGUUGCUUUGAUAAUCACCAAUACCGUUCUGCAGAAUCUUGAUCCGUACAAAAGAGGAUACUUUAUUCAAGAUGAAUCAAUCAAAAAACCAUUUAGACAGAACACUAUCUCAAGUACUGUCCUUUAUGUUGUUUCGUCACUACUAAUAUUGAUUACGAUAGUUGUGGGUGAAGUAAUUGUGAGUGCAAAAUCUUUAAGAAAAACUCAUCAUAGAAUACCGGUGGUUUUGUAUCCAAUUUAUGAUUCUCUCAUUGUUGCUUGUUUUGGCUACUUUGCUACUAUCGGUCUUACGGAUGUAGGUAAAGUUUCAUUUGGUCGUCUGCGUCCAAAUUUUCUUGAUGCAUGCAAACCUUCUGACCUUCAAACUACGAUCUUGGGUUUUGUUGGUAAUUAUACUUGUUCAUCAGACAAAUCAAGUGGCCUGAGAAAAUCUUUCCCAUCUGGACAUACCUCAAUUGCAAUAUAUACCGCUAUAUUUCUAUGUCUUUAUAUUCAACUGAGAUUUUCACAUUCUCGCAUUUAUCCAGGUAUAGAUAAUAUUUUAGAACAAGAAAAUGAGUUGAAUCAAUUAUUCAAUAUGUCCUAG